GGAGGAGGAGGCUGAGGAAAAGGAGAGACCAUAGACUUCCACUUCGGCCUAGAGCGCCCUUUAAAUUGUUGGGGAGAGGAGGGCGGGAGGGGCCCACCCCGAACUGGCCGCCGGCGGUAUCAUGGCGUCCCGGAACCCCCCUCCCCAAGACUAUGAAAGCGAUGACGAAUCUUAUGAAGUGCUGGAUUUAACUGAGUAUGCAAGAAGACACCACUGGUGGAAUCGAGUAUUUGGCUACAGUUCCGGACCUAUGGUAGAAAAAUACUCAGUAGCUACCCAGAUUGUAAUGGGUGGUGUGACUGGCUGGUGUGCAGGAUUUUUAUUCCAGAAGGUUGGAAAACUUGCAGCAACUGCAGUAGGUGGUGGUUUUCUUCUCCUACAGGUUGCCAGUCACAGUGGCUAUGUGCAGAUCGACUGGAAGAGAGUUGAAAAAGAUGUAAACAAAGCAAAAAGACAGAUUAAGAAGCGAGCGAAUAAAGCAGCACCUGAAAUCAACAAUAUAAUUGAAGAAGCAACAGAAUUUAUCAAGCAGAACAUUGUGAUAUCCAGUGGCUUUGUGGGAGGCUUUUUGCUAGGCCUUGCAUCGUAAGGACUUGAAGGCUCUAUCUUAGUGGAUUCAACAGUGAGAAAAGAACUGGUGGCAGCAGGAUGAUCUCUCAGUGGCAUAUGCCACCAGAAUCUCCAGAGUAAGGAACAACCAGCUGGACAAUUGCAAAUGCAAAAGCUUAGCAUUUUGUCACCGGAAGCUUGGCAAGCUAGUAUCUGCUGUAAGACAACCUAUGUGGUGUGUAAACAAUAGUAUUCUUGAGAAAACCAUGGCUUUUGCUAUUUUUUAUUUACAUGUGUUUAGAAACUAGCCUAUGAUUUUCAUCACUGGAUACAUUGAAGUAAGAAAAAGCUAUUAUGUGUACUGUCCAAUGAAUUAUUACCCUGUCUUAUUUUAAAAGUUCUUUGUGCUUUACUGUAUAGUGCCAGUAAUUAAAAAUGUCUUAUAGCUUUAA